AUGUCUUCCAAGUACAACUUUAACGGAAAGGUGGCUCUGGUGACUGGAAGCAGCUCCGGCAUUGGUGCCGCUGUAGCAAUUCAACUGGCUAAAUACGGCGCCCAGGUGGCCAUCACCGGUCGAGACGCCGUCGCACUGAGCAAAGUGGCCGACCAGGUGGCCGCCGUCGCUAAAAGAGGCGAGAGACCGCUAGAAAUUGUCGCCGACCUGCUCGACAACUCGACGCCCAAGAAGCUGAUUGAAGAGACGGUGGCCAAGUUUGGCAAACUGGACGUUCUAGUCAACAACGCCGGUGGCAGCAGCCCAAACGGUGGUCUAAGCUCACCGACGCUCCUUUCCGAGUUUGACACCGUUUUCAAGCUCAACGUUCGUUCUGUGGUGGAGCUGACGCAGUUGGCGGUUCCGUACCUGGAAAAAACGACAGGAAAUGUGGUCAACAUUAGCAGCGCCCUCAGCAUGCGACCACGCCGACUAGUGUACUGCAGUAGCAAAGCUGCUUUAGACAUGGUCACUAAAACGGCUGCCCUGGAGUUGGGACCAAAACAAAUCAGGGUGAACAGCGUCAACCCCGGUCUAGUAGAAACUCAGUUUGCCAGAUCAGCUGGGCUCGACGCAGAAGGACGAAAAAAGUUUUACAAUGAGUACACAGAGAAAUCGCUGAUGAAACGCAUUGGACACGUUGAUGACAUUGCCAAUCUGGUGUCUUUUGUCGCCAGUGAUGAUGCUCGCAAUAUAACAG